GCCUGUCGCAAUCACCCUCGGUUGUUUACAGUGAACCUGAACAUUGUUACAUGAACAUUACAUGUCGCACUGUGUGAAUCGCUGGAGGCCCAAAUUUUCGACCUCACCCUUUACGCCUUAUGGCAAGCUCGGAGGUGCAGCAGAGGGCUGCUGCUUUGUGCAUGAAGCAGACUGAAGGAGUGCACCACAAGUUCAAGAGGCAAUGGUACGACAGCGACUUGAGCGACAGCAGGAAGACGGGUGCCUUGUUGUUCGACAUUGCUUGCCUCCACAAUGGGGAUGGCAUGACCCAGCACGACUUUCAGUGCCUCGCUCGUCCAGAUGUUCCGGCUGCAUACCUGGUCAUUGGCGUCGACAGCAGCGGCACCGUCGUGGGGUGCGAUGAAGCCGAGAUGACAGAUGGUGCAGUGCUCUCACAAUUCCUCAGGUCACGCUUGGACCCGUGCCCCGAAGUCACUGUGUACCACACCGUCCUGAAGGACGACAAGCGCGUGUUCUUGGUGGAGAUUGCCGUCGACACGUCCAUUGGGCAGCCUGUGCGGGUGUGCUCCAAACAGCAUGGCAGUCUUCUCACCCGCAAGCCAGCCCGCGUGAGCGAGGGCAACGCCGACUGCGACGUGGCAAACAGCGUGUGGCCGUCCAUCGUGUCCUUCUUUUGUGACUCUGACGAGCAACAGCAGCUCUACACAGAGUUGCGCGAGCACCUGGAGGAGACGGGGGCAAGCCAGGCUUCUCCAUUCUUCAACGGCGUCCGCCGAGUCCUGAUCGCCGACCAGCUGGAGGAGCACCAGGCAGUGUGGCUUGCAGCCAUUCCCUGGCACGCGAUCAUCUCCUUUGGCGCCAACGAUGGGCUGAAGCAGGCCAUCCCACAGGUGACUGGUGUGGAUGUUGAGGAGUUUGAGCUCGAGGCGUGCUGGAAGAAGCGUGGCGGGGUUCCCCCAAAGGAGGUUAUCCAGAACGCGGCACACGGCAGCACCAGGCUCUUUCUCACAGCACCACUCGACCCGAUGGACGACGACACAGGGCGCAUAGUGGCUCAGGCCUUCCAAAGUGUUUACGACCGGGUUGAGGAUGCGAUCAACUCAGAUGAAGCUUUGCCUGUCGUCUACGCUGCGGUUCUCAACGGGUUUAUGGACAGAUUUCUCGAGACGGCAUGGCGGCGCAUGCUGCAACACAGCAGCUCGCACGUUGUCCUCGUCGGCAUUUCCUCGCAACGUGGUUCUGAUCGCGUUUGGCAGGAAUUCAACGAACUGAAUGUUGUGGACAUGUGGCAGUUCUCUUGCACCAAUACCGUGCUACCCAUGCUUGCCGACACCAUGGGCACAACCACCAGUGACCUCAUCAUCGACCUCCCCACCCGAGGUACCAUCCACAACGAAGACUUGGCCCCGGUGCAGGGUUACCUGACCUUGAUGUACGCUCCUGAGUCCAGCACUACACCCACCGACAACAACCUCUCUCUUCGAGACCUGCAGCUGCGAUUCCUGCAAGGCGGCGUGCUCACGGCACAGCUCUUGCGGCGAGAGAAGCAGGGGGAUUCGUGUGUUGUCCGGCGUGACUUCCACGGCAUCCUUGCGCGGGAGCUGGAAGACGCCAUCGCCAGCGACGACAGCUCGCAGCGGAUUAUUGCGGUGAGCCACGGCCGGACGACCGGCGCCUCGACUGUGGUGCGUCAUGUGCUCCUCAACAAGGCCAUGGCCAACGCCGUGACUGCCUUUGAGCUGUACAAGAUUCCAAGGAACGAGAAGCAGAGGCGUGCCGUCGUUGCUCUGCUUCAGCUCGUGCACGAGCGCUCCUCGUCCCCCGUUGUCUGUCUGGUGGACAACGACGACGUCACACCUGGCCAAGUGCUCCAAUUUGUGCAGUCGACAGCCCUCCACGACAUACCACAGCUCGUGUUUGUGGUGACCAGCAGGAGGAUGCACCGGCGCAAAACCCAGCGUGACCAGCUAGAGCUGCCACAACCCAGCAUCGUACCGAGCACGAGGCAUCUCCAGCUUGCGGGGGCCCUCACCGAGAAGGAGAUGGAGGGCUUUGAGGCCGUGUUCAGCCACUUCAGUGGCAUGUGUCGAGACCAUUCUGGCAACAGCAAUGGUGGCCGAGACGCAGGGUUUCUGUGGGGCUGUGCCCUGAUGGCCAACAAAGAGGACGCAGUGCUGGCCCACAUCGUCGAGCAUGUUGCCUGGCUCCCUGCUGACGAGGCAAGGGCUCUGCAGGCUGUGGCUGUGACCAGCGGCCUGGCGAACUCGUCCCUUCCGCUCUUUGCUGCUGAGCGGCUUCUCGUUGACCAAGGCGCUGUGGACUGGCCCUUUCUGCAAGCGAAGCGCUGUGGCUUCACUUGCCUCGUUCGCUUCCACGGCAGCCGGCUAUGCGCACCUCUUCCCACUGAUUUCGUCUGCCGCAGUCUCUUCCAGGCGGCGGUUGUUCGCCUGCGCGACGCAUCCGUCACUGUGAGCAGCAUCACCAGUGCCCUGUGGGAUCCAGUCGCCCUCUUCGACACGGUCGAGCAGCUCUUGUGCAUACUCGAGGCAAGUUGCCACAACGAUGAUACGGUGCAAGAGAUCAUGCGCCGUUUGUUCGCCGCGACAUCCAGCGACCUGCUGCACCUCCUCAACCGCGACCAAGGCCAGCAACUGUACGAACUUGCCAUCCGCACCAGCCCGAGCAAGCACAAGGCGCACCUGCUGGCCGAGCAGGGUCAACACGUCGCACUGCACAGCGAAGGCAGCAUGGCCCUGAUUCACAUGGCGUAUCGCCUUGCAGAGGACGGUGUUGCCCGGGCGACGCAGCAGGGGGCGAGUUUGCGAACCCUGUCCACCUUGAUUGGUAUUCGAGCACACGUCUUGAAGGUGAUGAUCCAGGCGCAGCUGGAAACGGGCGAGUCUCCAAACACCACCCUUGCAGCUGCACUUGCUGACGCUGAGCAUUACUUUCAACGAGACGCGGAUCACGACAACACGCAACUGGCGGUGGCACUGUGCACAAUGGCCAUCGAUGUUGCCAAGCACAUGGAAUCGGCCGACCCCAUGCGCGACAUGGCGCUCAAUGCAGCCCUACACUGGGCAUCCCAACUGCAGUUGUGCAUUACCAGCAAUCGCGCAGAGGAUCCGGAGAAGGCCAGGGAAAAGCUCCGCACAAUCUGGGCGGCACUAGAGUCUCUGCGUCCUCCUCCCCAGCGCAGCGUGCUGCAGAAAGCGGUGGCCGAUGCUGAGCAUGAUGCUGACGAUGAGGACAACAUCGACGUUGAUGAGGCGCUGCUGUCUUCGGCGCCGCAGCUGCGCCAGUCUUCAUGGCAAACCGUGAACCAGGGCGACGCCACGAUCAUCUUCCGCUGCCUGACACAGCUCCUGAAGCGACGGUCCAAGAUUGCUUCGUUCUACCACGUCCAAGAAUGGAUCCAUGCUGCUGUGGCGUGUGAUGACACGCAGAUGCCCCUUCACGCGAUUGCGCAGUCUGAAUGGUACCGAUGGGUCGUACAGCAAGUCGACCGCGGGCAGCUGCAGGUUCAUGGCCGAGGCACCGUGUGGGCGCUGUGGCAACAGUGGCUCCUGACGGUGGCAGUGCUGUCUGGAGUGAACACCAGAAUCGACGGUCGCACAUCGGCUGACACCCCGCUGUGGUAUCUGCAGACCAGAAUGGGCGGCGAAGCCAUGAUCAGCGACAUCCGCAUGACGAAACCCGAGCACCCGUCUACUGGCGAGCUUGACAGAGAGUGCAAUGUGCGGGUGAGAGUGCAUGGCAGAGACCUCGUCGUUCCGUUUCUCAACCCACCGACCCUUGAGCGUCUUGCAGCAAACAUCCGAGUCCGCCCUUUUCUUCCUACACAAGUGCGCGUGUUCUUGGUCGUCAAACGCGCCAGCCUCUACGCCAAGUUGGAGAAUCCUUGA